CCACUUCGUAUCAUCGCACCCAUCACUGCUUGACGACUCGCCCUUCCAACAAGAGACAUCAUCACCACCAUCACCAUGAGCGUCAUGUCCUUCUUCGGCUCCCCAGCCAUCUUGAUCCUCCCCGCCGCAGUCCUCCUCUACUUCCUCACCCAAUGGGUCCUCUUAACCCGAAGACCACCCAACUUCCCCCCAGGCCCACCCCCUAUCCCAAUCCUCGGCAACGUCCUCGAAAUCCCGCCUAAAAAGGCCUUUUUCAAAUUCCAAGAAUGGAGCCAGACCUACGGCGACAUCUUCGGCAUCAAAAUCGGCACCGAAAACUACCGAGGCGCGAUAUACUCGGACAGGCCGCAGCCGUACAUCACGAGCACGCUCAUUAACCCCGGCACGAUCUUGUUUAUGGAUAAUGAUCAUCACAUCAAGAAGUUGCGAACGGCGCUGCGGAAUCAUUUAUUCGGUCCCAGUGAGCUGAAGCGUGUUGUCACGGCGCAGGAAGCGCAUGCUGCUUUGCUGAUGAAGAUGAUUCUUGAGGAUCCGGGGCGGUUUCACAGGCACUUGAGACACUGGGCUCUCGCUACGCCGCUUUCUGUGCUGAGUGGGCAGCGCGUCGCGGAGGGAGAUGAUGUCGCUUCGACGAAGACGUAUUUCGCCACGCAGGAUAUGUGGUUACGUUUCCUCACGCCCGCGCAGGCGCCGCCGGUGGAUCUGUUCCCCGUGAUGAAGUAUCUUCCCGCGUUCCUCGCUAGCUGGAAGCGGGAGGCCGCGACGUUGAAGAAGGGGAUGCUUGGGACGAUGUACUACUUGCUCGACGGGGCUAAAGCACAGGCGGCGGAGAUUAAAGGAGGCAGAAGGGGGAGGGAGACAGAGUCUGUUAUGGCGAGGAUGCUUCGGGAGGGAGAGGCGAGUAAGGUCGCGGGGAAGGGGCCGACGUAUGGUGAUCAUGAGCUUGCUGUUUUGGGGGCGGGGACGUUGGAUGCUGCUGUUGAUACUGUUAUUGCUACUACGAGUACUGUUGUGCUUGUUAUGGCUGCGUAUCCGGAGAUGCAGAGGCGGCUUCAGGAGGAGGUUGAUGCUAUUUGGCCGGGGGAGGCGCCUGGGUUUGAGGAUCUUGGGAGGGCAAAGUAUUUGAGGGCUUGUUUCAACGAGGCCAUGAGGUGGCGCACCGCCGCGCCCUCAGGUGUCCCACGCGUCCUCGCGAGAGACGACACCUAUCAGGGCUACACGUUCCCCAAGGGCACGAGGUUUCUGACCAACACGUACGGGAUCCACAAGGACGAAGCGUGGUACGACCGGCCGGACGAGUUCCUGCCUGAGCGGUACAUGGACAACCCGUGGGGCGUGCGUCCGGAGCUGGCGGCGGCGGCGGAGCGGGAGAAGAGACACCCAACGUAUAAUUUCGGGGCGGGGCGGCGGAUGUGUCCUGGGCUGGACUAUGCCGAGAACCAGAUCUCGGUGACGAUUGCGAAGCUUGCUUGGGAGUUCGAUGUCGUUCCUACGCAGGGGAAGUGGUUGGAUACGAGUAUCGAGACUGGGUUCCAUUCUGAUCUUGUCAUGGGGCCUGAGAGGUUCGAGGUUGAGUUUGUGCCUAGGGGAGAGGAAAGGCGGAGAGCGCUUUUGGAAGAUGCGGCGAGGGCUGAGAAAGUGGUUGAGGCUUGGAUUAGUUAGAUGUGAGAGAUAUGUCGGUGUCUUUGAGAUGGUUUGUUAGCAGAUGAGAUUCAGGGCCACAUUUCACACUGCUAUAGAUCCGUUACUGAUGGCGGUCAUGAUGUUACGCAUUCACUAUAUUGGUACAGCUUGGUGUUUGAUAAAUCGCUUGCGACCAUCAGUGAGAUGAAAGAGAUGCUUCUGAGCGGUCAUGAACUACGAGUCUAGUCAUUGAAACUCUGUUCCAGUCUUGCUCAUCCUGACGCAUUAUAAAGGACAUCUCCGUGAAUCGGAAAGAACUACGGCAUGCUCAGUGUCAAUAACGACGAAGUUAUGAUGAGAUUGUGACAAAGUGUAUUUCACGAAAUUUAUCGCUGAAUAUAUGAGAGUGAGAGGACAGGCAUG